GAGAGGAGGUGGUAGCAGUCCCUACUUUAGAGCUUGAGAAGGUGUAGGUCCCUUGUAUAAUCUGUAGACCUCAGAGACUGAUUCCAAGACAUUCCUAGUGAGAUGGUGCUAACAGAUGUGGUAGACUUACACUAAUAGAUGGACUGACAGGUGUUGUGGACUCUGAGCACUGUUCCAGAUCUCACUAGACUACUAUUUUACCUUGGUUUUUACCUGGUAUACCUGUAUACUUUGGAUCCUACUGUGUUUUUAUAUAUUUAUUAUUGUUAUGGAAAUGGAUACAGAUCACUCGACACAAGAAGAUUCCCAAAGUGUAACUAUGGACACUGGCCAUAUUGAUUUCGGAGGGAGCGGUGGAUUCUCUGUGGAUUUCAGGAAAGAUAACCCUGGAAAAGAGCUGUUAAAGGCAAAGCAUGGGAGAGUAGAGAAUGCAAUGUUACCAUCCAUGUCACCUGGCAAAGUAGAUGGUUCCCAAUCAUCAGGGUCGACUGAGUGUUUUAGUGUAGGUGGAGAGUUAGGUCUGCGACCAAGUCUUCUAGAUGAUGUGCUCUCUGAUAAAAAGAUGGAUUUGAUGAGAUCCCCAGAGGUUAUGCACUUUCUGCAGACACAGCAAGCAAAAAUUGCAGCCCAGAAGAGUCUUUCAUCCCAGACUUCUGAAGAAAACAAUGAAAGCAGCAGGGGAGGCAAAUCCUGACACCUGUGAAAUUUCUAAAUGUUUUUGCAUUUCAUUUUAUCACCAAAUAUUUUAAUACAAAUCUAUUUGUUAUCUCCACUGUUAGUCCUUGGAUAUUGCCUUUUUUAGCCUACAUUGUCCAAAAGAAUAUUGAGCUUAUGCAAUAUCACAGUUUGUACGACUGUCAUUCCAUCAGUUUUUCCUACAAAGAAGUACAUUAUGUUAAUCAUAAACAACUAGAAGGAAUUUGAUCAAAUUUAGUCAGUAACAUCCUUUGGGAAAGGGAACCUUCAGUAUAAAUGAUGUGUCUGAGGGUUAGGGCCUAAAAGGGGGAAUUUUACAAAUUCUUUCAAAUCCUUCUUGUGCUGUAUGAGUGAUCAGAUUUGGUCAUGUAAAAGCUCAAAAUGCAGUUUUGGAAUUUCCUUUCAAGCAUAAAUCAAUUAACUGAAAUUAAGACACCAUCCAUUUCAUUCAUACUUUAUAACACAAUGCUCUCAAAAAUAUGUGAGUGCACCAACCUUACUUUUUAAGCAGAAAUUCUGAAAACUAAUGAUAUUCAGCAAGUUAGUUUCAGACAGGUAUGGCUGGACCCUCAGACUACACAAGCCAAAUAUUUCGCAGUCCGGCCUCCUUCCUGAUCUGUACCUGGUGUUUUUCUUGCAGGUUUAGCCGUUUCAACUGCUUGUGUGAAAGCGCCUUAAUAUGUCAGAACUAUGACCAGGAAGAAGUACUCAAUACUUUUAUAUGUCAUGAAAUACAGAAUUAAGUUGCAGUUUCAUUAUUCAUGAACCCAAAUUGUUUUUAUAAAAUAUAGUGGUAGAAGGUUAGUAUGAGAUUCUGUAAAGAAGUCACUGAAACAUACCACAUAUAGUGGGAAACUAGGACAGUUUUAGAUAAUUUGUUGUAAGACUAGCAUAUCCAUUGGAUUAUUUUCUCAUUAAAUAACUAAUCUGAUACUUCUGUGUAUGAGAUAUUGAUAUUCCAAUUCAUUCAGUUACCUGAUAGAUACACGUACAUGAAAUUUUACAUGAAUGCUGAUUCAUUAGCUUUGUCCAAUAACAUUGCUACAUAAGCAGUUUAUCUUGUUUAUGAAGGCCAGUCAUGGAGAAAAGUGGCCUUUACUGGUAGGUAGCAUUUUUAGGGAGGAUCAAUUACUAUAAAUGGUAUUAUAUUUGGAAUCGAAACAAAUUAUCACAAUUACAAACAGGUGUCCUUGAGGGCAGGUUUUACAUGUUUAAUUACUUACACUGACCCUACAACAAAAAUGAUGAAUAGGUAGAAAUGCUUUGUGUCAUCUAGAAAUAGUAAUCCGCUUCACAAAGCGUAUUCUGUUAUUAAAUGAAAGUUACUUAUAUUCAUCCAUCAACAAGUAAAUUACAGAACUUCAACUAAUGUUUUAUAGAUAUAUAUUUAAAAUCUUUUUCAUAUAGACAUAUAUUACCUCCUGUUGGAAACCUACUCCUUUGUAUCUAUAUAAUAUGCUGGUGACUGGUCAUGUUUUAAUGCUGGUUUAAAUUACACUAUUAAUGUUCAGUGGUAGUAGGAGUGAACAAAAACCUGUUCUACUUUUUACCAGUGUUAACUUUCUUCAUUGAACUGUACAAUUUUAAUGUUUUGUUUUUAUUAUAUGGUAAUUUAAUUUGAUUAAAAUACAGAUCUUAAUUUACCAUUCCAAUACCUUCCGUCUUAAUGAAAGGAAAAUAUUGGAGUGGUAAAUCAAGAUCUGUAUUUUAAUCAGAUUGACGGUAAUUGUGACGGUCCUACACAUAUUAGUAGGCCAUGGAAGGCCUUUGUCAGGGCUUGUUAGAUGACAAAACAAGUGUGUCUGCCUUUAUUUCAUAAAUAAACUGGUUAACUGUCUUACUUAAUGAAACUUGACAUUUGCUUAUCAUGGAUAAAUCAGUUUUGUUUUGGUAAAUACCAGUUUUUCUAAUGAGCAGAUAUCCAUUCACUACCAAUAGGUGCCAAGGUGUCAUAUAAUGACAUUUAUAUAAAAGUACAUUGAAUGUUUUAUAAACUUGUGACGAAGUUUCCAACAUCCACUGGCACUUAAAUAUUGAAUGUUUUUGAUACCAGCUGCAUGGUUUAUAACUUUUGUUUUAAAUGAAUAAAUUAAUGCUUUGUAUUUGAA